AUGUCUAAGAUAGUUUCAAGAAGUGAUGAAGAAAAGACAGUUAUGCCUCAUCAUCAGUCAGCUAGAUUACAUGGUCAGGAAGCCGCAGAUGAGUCAGUGAAGAAAUCUGAGAGUAGAAGCUCAAAAGAUUCAGAUGUGACUGUAGAGAGAUUUAAACAGAAGUUUAUUAUAUCAUUCACUGAGCUGAAGAAGUCAUGGUCUUCAAAUACACAUGAAUUCUCUGACAGAGAUACAGAUGCAGAGGCAGUGACUGAAGACAAGAUGAAGUCAGUAGCUCAGGUAGAAGUGAAAGUGAAGUCAGCAGUGAAAGACAUUCAUGAGAAGAAAGAUGAAGAGAAACCAGAGUCAACUGAAGCAGAUAAACAGUAA